GUCUCUUGUCUGGCUAACACUAUCUUAAACCUCUCUCUUUCUCUCUCCAAAUUCUCUCCUUUCUUGGAUUCUCUCUAUUAUUGUUCUGUCUUCUUUCACUUGUUGGGUAUAUUUUAUUUGGUUUCUCAAUUUCAAAAGGUGGGGGUGGGGGGUUAGGGUUUAGCGUAACAAGUUAUGCGAACAGGUGGUUAUACGGUUCAACAGACACUCACUACAGAGGCUGCUUCUGCCUUGAAGCAAUCUCUCACUUUAGCUAGAAGAAGAGGCCAUGCUCAGGUCACUCCUCUCCAUGUUGCAGCUACAUUAUUGUCAUCAAGGACAAGUCUCUUGAGAAAGGCAUGCAUUAAGUCUCACCCUGGUCUUCCAUCAAAUUACCAGUUUGCCCCUUCCCCUCACCAUCAUCACCAAAACCAAAACCAUCCUCUUCAGUGCAGAGCUCUUGAGCUUUGUUUAAAUGUCGCACUCAACAGGCUUCCCACUAUUCCUGGUCCUAUGUUCCAUGGUCAGCCUUCCCUCGCAAAUGCUCUCGUCGCUGCACUAAAAAGAGCCCAAGCUCACCAGCGACGAGGCUGCAUCGAGCAACAACAACAACAACAAGAGCAAACGCAAACGCAGUUUCUUGCUGUCAAAGUGGAGCUUGAACAGUUGGUUAUAUCCAUUCUCGAUGACCCGAGUGUGAGCCGGGUCAUGAGAGAAGCUGGAUUCAACAGCACCGCCGUGAAAAACUGUGUCGAAGAAUGCUCAGUUUCCUCUGUCUUCUACGGUGGUUCCGUCGUCGGAGUUUUCUCUUCUCCAACUUCUCCCGAUCAACAACACCACCACCACUUCCAAAACCCUAAAGAUUUCAACUUUCGAAACCCUAAUGUCGCUUUAUGGCAAACCCAUUUCUUAAACCAAUCUCCCGACCAAAACCCACUUUUAGUUUCCUCCUCUCAUCAUCAACGCCAAAGAGAAAACGACUUGAAACUAGUCUUUGAUGUUCUUUUGAGCAAGAAGACGAAGAAGAAGAACCCUGUGAUUGUUGGAGACUCCGUUUCCUUUACGGAAGGAUUCGUCUCGGAGCUGAUGGGGAGGCUAGAGAGAGGAGAGAUCGAUCAAACCGGGGAUUUAAAGCAGAACCAUGUCGUCAAGUUUCAGUUUUCACCAAUGAUGUCGAAGUUUAUGAGAAGAGAAGACGUGGAGACGAACAUAAAUGAGUUAAGGAAGAGAGUCGUGUCUCUCAUGACCAGUGGCAAAGACGUAAUUAUUUUCACUGGUGACUUAAAGUGGACAAUCAAGGAGGUUAAUAAAAAUGGUGGAAUCGAUGAGUUAUCUUCUUCUUACAGUCCUUUGGAUCAUCUGGUCGGAGAAAUUGGGAAGUUAAUCGCUGAAUAUAACGACGAUUUAGACGGUGUAAAUGAUCAUAGUAAUGGUUGUAAGAGAAGGGUUUGGGUGAUGGGAACAGCUUCAUUUCAGACAUACAUGAGAUGCCAAAUGCGACAACCUUCCCUAGAAACACUGUGGGCUCUUCAUCCUGUCUCUGUACCUUCUUCUGCUAAUCUUGGCUUAAGUCUUCAUGCGACAAGUGGACAUGAGGCGAGGAACAUGAGUAAUGUUACUGUGACAAAGUCCUUUUCUGGUUACAACAAAGUUGAGGACGGAGAGACAAUAAACUCUGUGCUAAGUUGUUGUCCAGAGUGUGUUACUAGCUUUGAGAGAGAAGCAAAAGCCCUUAAUCAAGAGAAGCCCUUGCCUUCUUGGCUCCAGUUUCAUGAUGACAAAUCUCCACAUAAAGAUGAGCAGGAAAUGGCCUUGAGGAGAAAAUGGAACAGGUUUUGUGAAAAUCUACAUAAUAAGACAGGACAAUCUAGUCUGAUGGGGGAAAACUAUUCACUUGGCUUGCCUUAUGGUUCAUCCACGUUGAGUUUAAAGCCGAAUCAGAGAGCCACAAACUCAAUUGCCAAAUUCAGAAGUCAGGAUUCUUGCACUAUUGAGUUUGAUUUGGGUGGAACGAUCAAUGAAGCUGACGAUGACAGCCAAAAUGUGAAGACCACACUCCUUUUGGGGCAUUCUCUGUUUCGAUCAGAUUCGGUAAAAGAGACAAGAAACAAGAUCAGUGCUUUGGUUAAAGCUUUGGAGGAGAGUAUACCAUGGCAAGCUGCGACAAUGCGGUUGUUGGCUGAGAGUUUAAUGGAUUGCGUGCUGAACAAGAAAGAUGGUUGGAUUAUGAUAGAGGGCAGCGACGCAGCCGCGAAGAGGGUCAUAGCUCGUACUAUAUCUGAAACAGUGUUCGGAUCUUACGAGUCUCUUGUUCACAUCGACUUUAAGAAGAAAGACAACGAGUCAAAGGCAAGAGAACUGGAGAAUCGUGAGAAGGUUGUGUUCUUGAUCGAAGACAUCGGUUUAGCGGAUUCCCGUUUCUUGAAACUCCUUACUGACCGGUUUAAAGAGAACCGGAGGAGUAAAACCGGUAUUGAUCAUCGCCCUGCGAUCUUUAUUUUGACAAAGGACGAAAAUGGGAAGAACAGAGACUCUGUUUUGGAGAUUGGUUUGGAAGUCACGAGACAAUGUCUAGGGAGAAAGAGAAAAUCGGAAUCUGAUUUAUCGGUUAAGGACGGUAAGAAUUUUAAGACAGGAGAUAUCAAGAAGAAAUCGAGUUUCAAUAGCUCUCAUCUCGAUUUGAACAUAAAAGUUGAAGAAGAAGACGAAGAGGGAGAGAUCAGUCCGGUUUCAAGCGAUCUAACCGCAGAGGAAGAGAUUUCUUCUGGUAGUUUUCUAAACAUGAUUCAGAACCGGUUUGUUCUUAACCGGACAUAUCAACCUGGAAUCGAGAAGGCAAUGAUAACAUCGGUUUUCAGGGAGGUUUUUCCGGAGGUGGAAGAAGGCGGCAGCUGUGGAGUUAGGUUUUGCGUGGAGGAGAAAUUAGUGGAGGAGAUAGGCGGCAAUAGUAACUUUGAGAAGGGUGCGUUUGAAAGUUGGUUAAGAGACAUUUUCCAAACAAGGUUACUAACGGUUAAAAAGGGCGGGCACAAGGAUAUAAAUGUAAUUAGGAUGGUGUAUGGGGGUAUAGUUGACAACAACAAAUAUGGUGGAGGGGUUGGUGGGUACAUGGGUACAUGUCUUCCGAACAAAGUCCAAGUUUCCAAGUUCGAAUAGAUCUUUCGGUUAUAAAUUUAUUUGGUUUUUUUUCUUUUCAAUGUAAAAUUUCCAUUACUAAUGUGGGGGGUUUGACUGGUGUAACUUUUCUUUCUUCGAAUGUAGUAUGAACGCGUUUUAAAAUGUGUU